CCGCGGAAGAGGCCGCCGCCGCCCGCCUCGGGAAGGGCAAGAGCGCCGCAGCCUGACAGGAGUGACCGUUGGAGAGACGGGCGGCCUGGGCCUGGAAGAGCCUGGGCCUCAGCAUGGCAGAAGGUGAAGAAGAGUGUCACCCUGACGUGGUUAAAGCAGAUGACAAUGAAAGGUCUGGGGAAGCAAACCUUCAGGCAGAACUCCAGGUGUUCAGAGCACAGUGGAUGUUUGAACUUACCCCAGGGGUGAGCUCUACGAGUUUGGAAGCACGAUCUUGCAGACCAUCAGCAAGAGGAGCUUCAGUAAAGACUAUUGAUGCCAAAGGAAAAUUGGAACUAGCAAAAGAGGAAAAGGCAAGAGAACUGUUCCUGAAGGCAGUGGAACAAGAACAAAAUGGAGCUCUUUAUGAAGCUAUUAAGUUUUACCGUCUGGCUAUGCAACUGGUCCCAGAUAUUGAGUUUAAGAUUACCUACACCCGAUCUCCAGAUGGUGACACUAUUGGGAAGAGCUACAUUGAAGAUAAUGAGGAUGAUUGCAAGAUGGCUGACCUUAUGUCCUACUUUCAGCAGCAACUCACUCUGCAGGAAUCGUCUAUCAAACUGUGUCAGCCUGAGCUUGAGGUGAAUCAGACUCAUAUUUCAGUGUUUCCUAUGGAGCUGUUGGUGUAUAUUUUUCGAUGGGUGGUUUCCAGUGAUCUGGACCUGCGUUCCUUAGAGCAGUUAUCGUUGGUCUGCAGAGGUUUUUACAUUUGCGCCAGGGAUCCUGAAAUCUGGCGUCAGGCUUGUUUGAAGGUUUGGGGCAGGACCUGUAAUAAAAUGGUUCCUUAUACCUCAUGGAGACAAAUGUUUUUGGAGAGACCCAGAGUUCGAUUUGAUGGUGUAUAUAUCAGCAAGACAACAUAUAUACGUCAGGGAGAAGAGUCUCUUGAUGGUUUCUACAGGGCAUGGCACCAAGUGGACUAUUACAGGUACCUGCGAUUCUUCCCAGAUGGUCAAGUAAUGAUGUUAACAACUCCUGAAGAGCCUCAGUCUAUUGUUCCUCGUUUACGAACUAAAAAUACAAGAACGGAUGCAAUCCUGCUUGGCCAUUAUCGCCUUUCCCAGGAUACAGACAAUCAAACCAAAGUGUUUGCUGUAAUGACAAAGAAGAAAGAAGAGAAACCAAUUGAUUACCACAGAUACCGAUAUUUCUGUCGUGUUCCUGUCCAAGAAACUGAUCACAGCUUUCAUGUAGGGCUACAGCUGUGUUCCAGUGGCCGCCAGAGAUUCAACAAGCUCAUUUGGAUUCAUCACUCUUGUCACAUUACUUACAGAUCUACUGGUGAGACAGCAGUUUCAUCUUUUGACAUUGACAAGAUGUACACCCCUUUGUUCUUUGCACGAGUGAAGAGCUUUACUGCAUUUUCAGAAAGGCCUCUCUAAGAUGGUCACACCUGAAGAAAUUGCAUGAAGAGAUUACAGCAAACAACACUUAAGUUAUAUAAAUGUGUAUAUAUAUAUAUAUUUGAAUUUUAUUUUAAAAUGGGGAAUCUUUUUUGAAGAAUAUAUACUGGAAAUACAUUUGAUCUAGGGUGGCAGGGUUAUUUCAUUUGAUUAUUUUAUUGUUUAUGUAGUGAAAAGACUUUGAUAACUUAAAAAGGCAUUUUGCCAUGUCAUUUUAUGAGCAGAUUUAUAAGCUCUUGUCUUUCCAGCGUAAGGCUUCAUCUGCCUAUGCACCUUAAGUUCAGGAAUUGUCACAAACCUACUGCUGUACAUAAGACAUGGUGUGUGUACUUUGGGGAAGGCUCGAAAUGUGAAGAAAUUUGUCCUACAUCUGUAUGUGGCCUACAUACAAAAGUAAAUGUUUACUUUGAAAUACAUGUUUUUGGGUUGCCUUCAAAGAUAAGUCAUGCAUUUCAGUGUAAACCAUAGCCUUACGAAAAAUGAAACAGAUAAACCGAGUAGAAUCUCAGCAGUUGCAAUGUUUCAUAUGACCCAGUUGUUAAACCUGUGGAUUUUACACUGUAAAAAAUGAGGAUGUCUAAAAAUCAGCAGUCCAGGCGACGUGGGACUGCAACUAACCAUCUGUGAGGCAUAUUAGAAAUUGCAGUCCACCACAUGUGUGUAGGUGGGGGCUGCACUUUGCCCACCAUGGAGUGGAAGAUAAGAGAGGGAUCACUCUGAUGAGUUGGCUGCUCUUCUCUGCUUAAUCCAGAAAAGGAUUGGUGGAGAAGCAGCAACGGUCAGGAGCACUGAGCCUCAAUAUGUAUUGUUUGAAUUUUGUUAUGCAAACAUGAAGUAGGGCUGUACUUCAAGUGUGUUUAUUGUUUGUUUAACCCUUUACCUAACUGCCAGAACUAUUGCACAUCCCUUGGGUGUUUUGUCACACUAAUUGAGCUUUUGCUUUUCGGGACUCCUACAGAUGUUCAGGUACUGUCUGCCGCUUCUCCUGCGUAUGUACCUUGGGAGUUUGAUGCAACUGCUGUAUGGCGCUUAUUAUAAAUAUGUACUUUCAAUCAAAAAACUAAAAUUUCUAAAUGUUUUUUUA